CAAUAAUAUUGCCUGUGUUUGAGGUUUUGUGUAUGUUCUAUUUAGGGGAACGAUGAUGACUUGCAAUCAGAGCCCACACAGGCUCCUUUCGGCGUCUUCCAUAAUUCAAUCCAACAUCCCCCGCUGCCGUGUAGAAUUCCCCUUUCCCCGACCCGCGAAAGUACUCGAUGCCGUCGUUGAUGAGUUGCGGGUGACCGGGUGCGGCAGAUCCCCUCCAAGCGGCAACCAGCUCCGGACACUCACCUCUCUUCUGCGUCUCUCCCUUUUUCGAUCCCAAGUCCAUCCACCACAGACCCCUUCAACAGCCAGCGAAGAGCGUGCACCCCAACAGCUACCCGCACCCACGGCAGAACCAUCCACACCAUCCUUGAAGCUGAUAUCUACGGCACCAUCGUUGGAAACAGAGGUAGGCAGCGCUGAACGUGGCGUUCAAGUAUCGAUGCCCGCAGCUGUGCCCGUGUCGAGCCCUGGACCAGCUUCUAUAGCCGCCCCAGAAGACACAAACCCUGCCACGGCCACAUCUACGCUCUUCGGACCUCCGACAAGCCCCCAAACGUCACCCAUUCAAGUUCCACAGCGAUUAUCUUCGUGUCCGAGUGCAACCCCCGACGCUCAGACCUCAGGUUCUCUGCAAGCUACAACAUCCUUUUCGCAGUCCAGCAGCACAUCGACUCAACACGUCUCUACACCAGCGAAUCAAGAUCAGAAGUUGCGGUCCUCAUCUGCGUUCCUUCGUCGGCUCUCUCCGAACUUAGCAGCGCGGGUAAAACUCCUUGACGGAACGGUUACUUCUCCAACAACACAGUCGCGAAAUCGAAGCCCGGUUGGGAAGAUCCCCGAGGCACAACUCAAAGAGCUCGAUAAUCUCCAUCGAGAUCUUUCGAUCAAAGUUCAAAAACGAGGUCGAGCGUGGGGUGGUGGGCGCUCGAGGACACAUACCCCGGAACCGCUUUCCACGAGCAGCGAAGUACAGUCUGUCGAAUGCCCUUACAAUCGUGAAGUGGAUAGCCCCGUACAACCAUCCGUGAUCAACACGACAGACGAAGACCAGGAAAUGUCCAUACCAGAUGAGACCAGCCUGCAAUCCGCGGUGGAAAAUACGGGAACGUGCCAUGGAACGAAUAUAGAUCCCCCCUUGGAACCCACUGAUCUGGAAAAGUAUCUUAGGAAGAGCACCGAAGAAAGCGAUCGAGGGCCCCCUCCACCUCCGAAAGACAGUCCUCCACCUCCACCUCCAAGCGGUGCCACCAAUGUCGAGUCAUAUUUUAAUCCUCUUGGACUCCAUCGCACAGACUCCAUCUACUCCUUUUCUAGAGCAUCGUUCAGCAACCAGCUCUCCCAACUAACCUCAAUCAGCCUUCCGCAGCCGUCGACGUUAGAAGCGAGUAUUGCUGCAAUUCCAACUGCCUCCGCAGCCGUCCGAGCUCUGACGCAGGCUGCCGAGCAGAUCCAAAAAUGGAUCAAUAAAGCUUCGGAGGUUUUGAGCGGGCUAGAUGCAGAUGAUGACGUGGAAUGGGCUGCUGCUGGUGGCAGGGAAGGACUGGACGAUGUGGACAAAGCUGUUACGAAAUUUGAAAGCUUGAUUAACGUCUACGUCAAGGCGAUUGAAGAUGUUCAGCUACGCGACGAUAUUGCCGAUGUGGGAGCUGAUCAGCUUCAUGCCAUCGUUAUACAAAUGGAAUCGACGCUACAGAAUUGGAGUACGGUCAGGUCUUUGUUGAAAGGAGUUAAAGAACAAGUUGAACUGGCAAUGGAAUGGGAAGAGCUCUGGAAUGCAGUGCUUGGGGACGUUGGUCUUGAAAUUGAAAACCUCGCCCGACUGAUCUUUGAGAUGGAAGAGAAGCGUCACAAGACUGUCAUAGAUAUGGACCAUGAGCCCGCUCAUGGUCUUGACAUAAACGAGCUCGAGACAAUUGUGGAAGAAUCUCCAGCCAACGGCAAUACCCAUUCGAAUCAAAGGUUUAGCUUCGCUCCCGUUUUUCCACCUGGGGGCUCUCAACUCGACAUCCAAGUGUCCCAGAAUCCGCAGGAUGAAGCCAGCCUUCUAGCAUUGUUUGCGCGAAUGCAGCCACUCCGGGCAUCCCUCGACUUCCUUCCGAUGAGGCUCUCAAUGUUUCAAUCUCGGGCGGAAAAAGUAUUUCCAAGCGCCUGCCAAGAACUGGAGGACCGAAGACAUCGACUUGAGAAAGGGUACAGGAAACUGGAGACGGAUGCGGAGGCUUUAAGAAGAGAAUUGGGAGAAGAUAGAUGGAUUGUAGUUUUCAGAAACGCUGGCAAACAAGCACAUAAAAUGUGCGAGUCAGUGGAACGGAGUGUCAACAAACUCCAAGAAGCUAUUGAUGGUGGAAUUCAGCAUAAUAAUCCAGCUGCCUUGGCAAAGAGGGCUGAAAACUUCGAAGCGAAGAAGGUUCAUUAUGGAUCUGCCAUUGAGCGAGUGCUUUCAAUUAUCAAAAAGGGGAUUAAUGACCGUUUGACUGUCAACGGAGAAGUUAUUCGUCUCCUUGCCGAUCUCAGGGCAAGAUAUGAGGCCUUACAAGACAAGAUGAGCAUCAUGGACUCAGUUUUGGGGGAACUCACGGCUACCAAGGGCCAGCAGCUGCGUGAUUCAGUAUCAAGCAUCGUUACGUUGGAUACCCCUCCAACAAGAAGCGCCUUCGAUACUCCAGAGAGUUCCCCAGCGUCUUCCGUGAUUAUGCCCAACGGUGCAAACAAUGCAAAGUCCAACGGCUCAAGACGAAGUAGCACCACAGGGAGCACCAUAUCGCGGGCAGCCGCCUCGAAGCUGAAGCGAUACUCUGCCCUACCCCAACCAGUAUCACCAUCAGGCCAAACACCAAGACGCGCACUGGCGCCAAGGUCGUCUUCAGCGAGCAACGCCUACUUGAAGUCCCCGACUCCGAGACUGACGACUACAUCUCCUUCACCCACGCCUCCGUCACGACCUGGUUCGCGGGCUGACGGCCCAACACUUUUAUCGAAACCCAGGUGGAAUAACAGUUCCAAUACCAACGAUCUUAUCGUUGGGCACAACUUCAAGCCCUUGUCCCUCAGCACACCGUCACCUCAUCGCAAGCUUCCCGUUCCUUCUCGAACUACUCCUUCCACCCUCCCACCACGCAGUCCUCUCAGUCGAGAAUCGUCCGCUUCUCCAGCACCAGGGCUCCGACCACCAAGCCGGCUUGGUCGCGGGGCUGCAUCUCCUUUACCUGACCGCGGCAUUUCUCCAACACCCAAGAAGUCAUCCAUUAUUGAUCCACCUCCUUACAGCAAGCUACGUAAGGCUGUUCCUGCGCCUAGCUCUGUAGUUACCGGUCUCCCUUCAACUCCCCGAAGUCGUCAAAGUUAUGCUGGGACCCCAAGUGUUCGUGACACUUCCGUCUCCGGACGAAAUGGAGAUGAAAAAAGGUCAAGUCGACCCGGCACUGCCAUGGGUUAUUCUUAUCGACGAGUUAGUCUUCUUCCGUUGCCUAAACCACGAUCCGGGAGAGACAGUGCGACAGGUAAUCGGGAGGAGCGGCCACCGUGGAGAUACUAAGCAUUUCUUGCUAGACUAUUCUCUACAUCAUACGAAAUCAAAUCGCAAGGUAAUCAUGUACCUAGCCCUGAUAUAUUUUACAUUCUAUGCUGAGCGACAUUUUUUGACAUUAUGGAAAUUUGUUAAUAAUACCUUUUGACCCUUCAUAGCCUUUUGUGUGAAGUACCGCUUUCUAUUCUAUCAUUGUCUUGAUAUUGAAAUCAUUCAAAGACCUGGAUCACCGGGGCCCUGCGUUUAUAUUUUCUUUUCGCUAUCUGAUGCCUCUUUCUAACUCCUUUCAAAGGGGUUGUGUCCAUUAUCUGAAUUCCUCUCAUCCACACUUCUCUAAUUUCUCGUCUCUAUUACUUUGUAGGGUACGUUGAAAUGAGAUUUAUUUUAUAUUUGUACUCACCUUUCCCCUUCUGAGUACUUUCUUUGCUGCCCUUAGCACUCUUUCUUGUCUUAUACCAUUCUGUGUAGCCCCCGCGUUCUAUUCCGGGUUGAUAUUUCCGGUGCAAGAGUCUGGUGUUGAUUCGAUAUUUCUUUUAAGUUGGAGCGUUUGAGAAUGCGAAAAUUACUCCCCCUUUUGCUUUUCUCUGUUUAUCUUCUGGUAUUUGGUUCUUAACCGUUAGCAUAUGAAAACUCG